UUUUGUUGACGGGUCAUGACAGCUGAUUUUUGUUUUUGUUUGUGAUUUGGAAAUAAAUUUAUUUCUCAAAUUUUCUACAUAUUUAUAUUUAAAAAUCUAAUCAUGUAUUAAUAAUUAUUCACUGGUGUCUAUUUAUUAAUUAAUCAUUGACAAUGAGUCAAGAGAAUAUUUGUUUACUAUGUACCACGGAAAAUGCGAAAUAUGAUAAAGAAUUUUUGUCACAACGAGCUUAUUUUUCUGCUCCACAGUUAAAGGAGUUACGUGUAAAAUGGAAUGAGGCACUUAUUAAAAUUCAUCCAGUUUUGGAACAAUUGGUAAAUAAUAUUAAUACGUAUAAAAUUUGUGAUUUACAUUUUAAAGAGUCAGAUAUUAAAAAGACUAUUAGUGAAAAAUCGUCACAUCAAAAUAUUUGUACACUUCCAUUAUGGAAUUGGGUUUUGAAAAUCAAAGCUCUUCCAUUAAGCGCCAAAGAAUUGGAAAAUGAUAAAUAUCAGAUUUUUAACAAGGCAAAGGAGAAAUCAAAAGAAAAUUUAAAUAAUUUGGAAAAUAAUGUUGUAUAUCAAGAUCACACGUAUAUGGACAUUAAAAGAAAAUUUAAUUCAGAAAAUAAUAAUCAAAUGACAAUAAAUUUGCCAAUUAAAAAAAUUGAUGAAUUUAAAGAAGUAAAACAAAUUCAAAAAUUAAAGCCAAAAAAAAAUGUGAAAUUCACUCCUUAUUCAAUUAAUUCUGAUAAGAAAAAAAUAGAAAUUAAUAAAAUAUCACCAAUACUUCAAUUACAAUCGGCUAAAAAUCAAGUUUUAGUCGUUACAUCAGAAUCAUUAACUCCACCAAUUAAUUCAUCAAUUAUUUCCGUUAACUCAAAAAAUUCUAUUUCACCUACAUUAAAAUAUCCCAUUAUUUCUAAUGUAACUUCACUUUCUCAAAAUAAUCAAAAAUUAAUUUCAAUUCAUAAUGUUAAAUCGCAAUUGAAUUAUCCAUCAAAUGUAAUUCCCAUAUCAUCGUUAGUUCCAAUUUCUGCAAAAUCUUCAAUUACAAAUCCAAUAGUUGCAAAAAAAUCUAUGCCAUUUACUUUUGCCAAUUCAAUUCCUGAUGUUUCGACAGAUUCAUUAAAUUCACAUGAUGAGAAAACAUUAAAUAGUGUGAUACAAUUGAAACAAAAAAUUACUGAACAAUCACAAGAAAUGAAAACAUCAUCAACAAUUAUGUCUUCGACAUCGAAUAUUAUUUACAAUCGUUUAAAAUUAAUAGCAGAUUUAAAACAAAAUUCACUUCCAUGUGGUUGGGCUUAUAAAAUAGAGGAGGAUGAUAAAAUUUUAUUCACACAAUAUUAUACUUUUAGAAAAUUUCCAAUUUUUCUCUCUAUUGAUAAGAAUUUGAAGCCAAUGAUUUCUGUCGGCUAUGAAGCAGUAAAAUUUAUUUCUCAUGAUAUUCAAUUAAAUUCAUUUGCAGACGUUUGCAAAGGUCUUUGUAAAUUGGAAAUGUUGAAAUGGUGCUUGGGAAUUGGAUUUGAUCAAAAUAACCAUUCGGAUAAUUGUUUAAUUUUGACUAAAAAAUUAAAUUCAAGAUGUCCAAUGUGUUCAAAAAUAAGGCGCAAUGCGCAAAAACAUGAAAGCAAUGAAAUCACAAAACAACGCAAACAAUCCAAAGAUUUACGACCAUUAGUGCAGAAAUUAAAACGAAUAAAUGCCCGUUUAGAGAAUAAGAUGUGUAAAUUAAAACUCAUGGUGAAUCAUUUAAAGAAAAAACAAUGCCCUGAAUGUCUUCAUAAUAAAUUUCUUGAGAAAAAUUCAAUUCUGGAAUCUGAGAGUUCAACUACGAUUAAUAAUUAGCAUUUAUUUUUUUCUAUAUUGUUAAUUUAUUUUAAUGAGUUUAUACUGUUAACUAUGUUCUUGAAAUAAAUUUUUUUCAAA